AGAGAGAGAGCAGAUAGAAGCAGGGAAGAGAGAGAGAAGCGGGGAAGAGCGAGAGAGAGAGAGCAGAUAGAAGCAGGGAAAGAGAGAGAGCAGAUAGAAGCAGAGAAGAGAGUGGAGCAUGAGAGCUGAUCUGUGAACAUACUGGAGAACAUACUUCUUAAGUUUUUAGUCGGUAGUUGGAGCAUCAAGACAGGAUGGCUGUCCUGCGUCUGUGCAGUCUGCUGCUGCUGCUCAUGGCUCCUGUUCAUGGCCAAUGGUGGAGUGUGCUCUGGGGGAAUGCACAGGAGAUGACCAUACAGCCCCCCACCACCGAGGUCCUCACCACCACCAAGGUAUUUUGGACAAUGGAAAGGACAGAGGUGGGCCAGGUGGGGACCCAGACAGAGGUGUACACUACUGCACCUGUUCAGGGUCCACCUCUACAGAGCACACAUGAGCCCGCAGGUGCUGGAACAACAGAGAUCAAGCCCAAGGCUAAGAAAAUACCUCUGAAAAUGUGGAAGAGUCGUGAGCUUGGCUCUACAGGCCACCUAGACCUGACUGAGUUGAUCGGAGUGCCGCUCCCUCCCUCUGUCUCGUAUACCACCGGCUAUGAGGGCUUCCGGCCGGCCUACAACUUCGGUCCCGGCGCCAACAUUGGACGCCUCACCAAGACCUUCAUGCCUGACCCUUUCUUCAGGGACUUUGCCAUCAUCGUCACCAUCAGGCCCAGCAGCAACCAGGGAGGGGUGCUGUUCGCCAUCACUGAUGCCCAGCAGAGGGUGGUGCAGCUGGGGCUGGCGCUGACAGCCGUGGAGGAUCAGACUCAGAGGAUUCAGCUGUACUACACAGAGGGGGGCCAGGAGUCCUCACACAGCCAGCAGGUGGUGUCUUUCAAGGUGCCUGAUAUGACCAAAAAGUGGACAAUAUUCACUCUGUCAGUGCAGGACCAGGAAGUGUGCCUCUAUAUGAACUGUGAUGACUUCCAAGCAGAGACCUUCCACAGGAGCAGCCGCCAGCUCAGCUUUGAGCCCAGCUCAGGCAUCUUUGUGGGCAACGCUGGAGGGACUGGCCUGGAGAGGUUUGUGGGCUCUAUCCAGCAGCUGGUGAUCAAAUCAGACCCCAGGGCUGCAGAGGAGCAGUGUGAGGAAGAUGAUCCCUAUGCUUCUGGGGAUGGGAGUGGGGCCGAAACGAUGAAUGACAUGAAACGAAGAAAGGAAACAGCAAGGCCAGAGGACAUGCUGAGCGGGCCUGUGCGAGCCCCGCCCACAGAGUCUCCGGAGGUGGAGCUAGAUGAGUAUUCAGGACACCUGACCCCCACAGAGGAGGGCCAUCAGGAGAUGCAUCUCAGAGGUGGGGAAGGACCCCACCAGACAGAGGAGCCAGAGAUGUCAGGGGAUGGUGGACCUCUUAGCCACAGACUGAAAGGAGAGCGAGGAGAGCCUGGGCCUAUAGGUCCUGCUGGUCCCCGUGGCCCUCCUGGUCCCCCCACUCUCUCUGAGGGUAGAAGGUCUGGGCACCGCCAGCCAGGAUCCAGGGGCCCUCUGGGGCCUUCAGGGCCAACAGGGGCCCCUGGGGUGCCAGGGAAGGACGGACAGCAGGGAAGCAAGGGUGAAGAUGGAGAUCCAGGACAGAGAGGACCUCAAGGUUUCCCAGGUUUGGCAGGGGAGGUUGGAGUCAAAGGAGACAAGGGGGACCCAGGAGCAGGACUACCAGGGCCUCCAGGCCCCCCUGGACCUCCUGGACCCCUCAGAUCACACAGUGUGCCAUAUGGAGAGGAUGCACUCGGCUCUGGUUUUGGAGACCUUGACAAUACAGAAUUGAUCAGAGGUCCUCCUGGCCCUCCAGGUCAACCUGGCCCCCCAGGACCCACCAGCCCCUUCAAUGCCACGGAAGGCCUGUUCACUGGACAACCAGGUCCUCCUGGCAGAUUUGGCCUUGUUGGGAAACCUGGACCUCCGGGUCAACCUGGUCUGGAUGGGGAUGUUGGGCCGACGGGGCCUAAAGGUCUGAAGGGUGAACAAGGACGAGUUGGACCGAAGGGUGAACCAGGUGACCAAGGGUUGGCAGGAGCUACAGGGCUGAGGGGACCAGAGGGGAAGAGGGGUGACACUGGCCCUCGGGGGCUGCCUGGCCCCCCCGGACCCCCAGGAGCAGGAUUGUUUGUCGAGGAUAUGGAGGGGUCUGGGAAGAAUGACAUGCUCCUUGGUGUAGGACUCAAAGGCCCGCAGGGACCUCCUGGUCUUCCUGGCUCUGCAGGACCAAAGGGUGAAGAUGGGAAGGUUGGGGCUCCUGGGUUGUCAGUGAAGGGUGAGCCUGGUGCUCUGGGCCCUGAGGGACUCCAAGGGCUAGCUGGACUUCCUGGUGCCAGGGGAUUGAAAGGAGACAAAGGCGAUCCAGGGCCAAAGGGAGAGUGUGGUCCUGAUGGACACAGUGUACCUGGUUCUCCUGGUCCUCCCGGCUCUCCAGGUCCCAUCAUCAAUCUGCAGGAUCUCCUCCUGAACGACACAGAGGGCAUGUUUCAUCAGAUCCGUGGGCCCCCUGGCCCGAUGGGCCCCGAAGGAGAGCCUGGCAGAGCAGGAUUCCCUGGCCCAAGAGGACCAAAGGGUGACAUUGGGCUUCCUGGUCUUCACGGUCCACCAGGAAUGAAGGGUGCGAAGGGGGAUUCUGGUGUCACGAUCGCUGCGGACGGCACUGUGUUGACAGGUGUCAGGGGCCCUCAGGGACCAAAAGGAAUAAAGGGUGAGCGUGGGUUCCCUGGAGUUGCUGGUAUCAUGGGACCAAUCGGACCAACCGGACAAAAAGGAGAAUACGGGUUCCCUGGUCGACCGGGACGACCUGGAAUGGCAGGGAAGAAGGGAGACAAGGGUGAUGCCAUUGGUCAACCAGGACUUCCUGGUCCUCCUGGCCCUCCCGGUCCCCCAGGACCAGUAAUAGGACUCAAUGGAACAGUUUUUCCGGUCCGUCCCCGACCGUUCUGCAAAACACCAGUGAAUGGCAGCAGGGGAUCAUCACAAGGUAGCAGGAGAGGAAACAGAGGUGCUAAAGGAGAAAAGGGAGAGGUUGGACUGCCUGGAACACCUGGAGAACCAGAUGGUGUUCUUCCCGAAGGCUUUGUGGGAGAAAAAGGGGACGUGGGCUAUGAAGGAAUGAAAGGAGAGAAGGGUGACGCUGGGUUGCCUGGCCCACCAGGUCUUCCUGGGAGAUCAGGCCUUGUGGGUCCAAAAGGUGAAUCCAUUGUUGGCGCCCCUGGUCAUCCUGGAGCUCCUGGUGAACCAGGAGUUCCUGGCAUUGGACGACCAGGCACUCGGGGGCCCCCUGGGCCAACUGGACCCCCUGGACCACCCCCUGUCUAUGCCUCAGCUGUGAGUAUUCCUGGCCCACCUGGGCCUCCUGGUCCUCCUGGGAUUACUGGCUAUGAAAAUCUGGUGACCACAUACAGGAACACCAUCACUCUGAUGAGGGAGAGCCACCGUGCUGCAGAGGGAUCCAUGGCCUAUGUCUCAGACAAGGGAGAACUCUACGUUAGAGCCAGAGAUGGCUGGCGCAAGGUUCAGCUUGGUGAGCUGAUCCCUGUCCCAGCAGAGACCCCAUCCUCCGCAUUGUCCCAGGCCCUGAGCAGACCAGAUCACAGCAGACCACACAGGCAGGAACUAGUUGGAACUAGCUACAUGCCCAACUAUAAUGUCCUACCUCAUACAGUUCACUCAGUACCGGGGCUGCACUUGGUGGCCCUAAACGCUCCGUUCUCUGGGGACAUGCGUGGCAUCCGGGGGGCAGAUUUCCAGUGCUACCAGCAGGCCCGCACCAUGGGCCUCACCGCUACCUACAGAGCCUUCAUGUCCUCACACCUCCAGGACCUGGCAACCAUCGUCAAGAAGGGAGAUCGCUACAGCAUGCCCGUCAUCAACCUCAAGGGAGAGGUGCUCUAUGGCAGCUGGAUGAACAUCUUCUCUGGGAAUGGAGGUGUGUUGGACCUAUCAAUCCCCAUCUACUCAUUUGACGGACGGAACGUCAUGACGGACCCUACUUGGCCUCAGAAGCUGGUGUGGCAUGGCUCCAGCACGGUGGGAAUCCGUAUGACCACUAACUACUGCGAGGCGUGGCGGGCAGGUGACAUGGCAGUGACGGGCCAGGCCUCUCUCCUCCAAACAGGCAGACUGCUGGGCCAACACACCCGCAGCUGCUCCAACCGCUUCGUAGUGCUGUGUAUCGAGAACAGCUACACUGACCACAGAAGGUCUAAUUAACCUCAAUAUACACAUAUAGUAUACACACUCUCUCUCAUACACACACACAAAACUAGAUCUCAUUCAUGUUUUCAUGAAGAGCAUGUAAAACUAAGCUAUUGACACAUGUUCAAGCAAAUCCAGUACACACACACACACACACACACACACACACACACACACACACACACACACACACACACACACACACACACACACACACACACACACACACACACACACACACACACACACACACACACACACACACACACACACACACACACACACACACACACACACACACACACACACCUCCUAUUAACAAAGAGCAGUUAUGUGCUGGACCACAAGAGGCACUUUUACACUAUUUCAUACUGACCACAGAUGAAACUCCCCGCUUCAUUAACCUCUCAUUAUUAACCUUCUAUCAACACAGCAUCACUGCUUUGCACUUGUCCCUAAUCUAAGUUUUCCUGUCCCUUUAAGAAAAGUGUAAAUAUAAUGUAAAUUGCUUCCUGUCAAAAGCACUGCAUAACUCCAAUUCACUUUAUGUUUCAAUUGACUGAAUAAGGAAUGCCAAAGAUCUGGUAAUCAGCAACCAACCGACUAACACACUGUUUCUGCUGAAGUAAUCAUUAACACAUUUUUUUUGUUGGUUUGCUCAAUUUAGUCUUAUUCUUAAGUGCCCAGUAGAGUAGUUUGCAUAGAGGCAACAACAGUUCUAACCUUUUGUGGAUUACUGUAUCAGUCCUCAAAACAAUGUGAUGAUAUGAUGAAAUUAGGACAACUGGUCUUUUCUGUUUUUCUGUGAUAUAAAUGUAUAAUAAAAUACUUGGAUGUUUUCAGACAAGGGACCUUUUUUUCCUCUUUAGGCCUUGAAGUCAUUUCGAUGCACUGUGAGUUGAUUUGAAUAGUUUGGGAUGUUUCCAUAGCCAUGAAGGCUUUUUGUCUGUGAAAAUUGUUAAGGGUUUUUCUGUUGCGAGUGAUAACUUUUUCUUAAUAUUUAAGUUUAAUUCUAUGUUUUACAUUUUUUAUUUAUACUGUAACAGCACAUCAUCUUAUAUCUAGCAAAACAUAGCUUCACAUUCAAAUGAAAUUAAAUUGAAACACUACACGUGCUAUCUAACCUGAAAGUUAUUUUUGUACGGUAUUCUACUAAUUGACUAACUAGAUGUACUUUCAACAAAUAUAUAAUCAAGAGCUAGAUAUUUUAAUGGCUGGGGAAAUGAUAGGAACAGUAUCAACUCUAAAGCGCAAAGUAUUUUUAUAUGUUGAUUAAUUUCACAGACGGUUAUAUUUUUACAGUCAGGAAGAUUGUCUUUUUUAAAUUGGAAAGAAAAUGUUUGACUGUCAUUUAGAGAAAUACAAUGUUUGUACUCAUUGACUGUUGCUCAGUGAAUAAAUGUUUGUUUUUUAA